UUGUGCAUUAUUUACAAAUAGGUGUAGGGAAUUAUAUUAAUUCUCCUAAACGCGGUACUAGUGCGCUUCGGUUAGUGCUUAUAGUAGGGUAAAUAGUCAUGACAAGCUACACCCCCACAACGGAGAUCCGACAGGUGCAGUUCGAACUGGACGGGCUGGUCGGUGUGCUGGAAGAUGAUUGGCGUACAUUGUUCUACCUAAUCCCCAAACGGAUCGCAGACAUCGAACGACCAGACGGCGCCUACCCACUAAAGUACAACGGCACUCAAGAAAGUGAACUUGAUGAGUACGGCAGAGCGGAGAACAUUCGCCGGGCUCGUCUGCUUCUGGAUGAGUGGGGAACAUCCGGUCAAAAAGGGGAACGCCCUACUUUGGGCCAUCUGUAUACUCUAGUCGUUAAGGGCGGUAUGUACCGAGCAGCUGAUCACAUAGCAAAGCUUUUGAAGAUCCCUAAACCCGAACGGCCUCAACGUGGUCCAGCAGCUCCAAUCGAUUUACAUCUGGAAAUGAACCGAAUAGUCCAGGAACAAUUGGACGAAGUAUCCUAUCCGAAUACCUCGGCUCUGCAAAAUGGAGAUGUAUCGAUUAAUGUAGUAAAUAAUCUGGACUAUCAACUGCCAACGAAGCGGGAAGACAUAGUCAACCCUCCUCUGGCUGUCCCGGACUCGAUCAUCGAAGGAUCGUUACCGGUUUUCUCCAGAAGUGAUAACAACGACGUGUGCCAUGGAGUUAUGCCUAUGUUAAGCGACUUGUUGAGACCUGGAGAACAUGAAGUGCAGGCCGGUCCUUCUGGCGUUAACGACAUUCCAAUGCUGUCGAUUUUGGGCAACACACUUUCGUCAACUUCGGAUAGUUCAAGCGAUAGCAGUAGUUCCAGCUCAAUAAUUAGUGAACAUAUCUCUAGGAUGUUGCCAGCAAUAUUACCCACGAUCCACGAGACUGGAGAAUUGCCUAAUCUUUCGAUAUUUGGUGGCGCUGAACACAGUGAAGAGGUGGCUGUCGGAAUGCCUGCCAUUUCCGCUCUGCUUAACCACUCAUCGGUUUCAUCGAGCGCCGUCAUUGGCCAAUCGGAAGUGCUUACCACCAGUGAAUCGAGUGCAUCGUACUCAACCGAACAAAUGGAAAGCAGAAGCAUGUCAAACGUCCCGUCAGCAAAUAUGAUGCUAUUUUCUUCAACGCCUAUCGUCCCUGUGCCUCCUUUGAUGAACUUCCCGUACAGGUCGCUGCAGUCCGCGACUGCAGACUUCGACAAACGCCAGUUUACGAACCGAAACCCUUCUCAGCCGGAUGGACGAAUAUUAGGCACUGGUGGAUUCGGUGAGGUAUUUCUUGCCUUAAAUCUCACCUCGGAUACUCCAUUGGCCGCAGUGAAGUGCCUAUUCCCAUCCAACUACAAAUAUAGGGAGAAGUUUGAUAGGGAACGCGAAAUUCUUUCCAAGCACAACCAUCCGAAUAUAGUGAAGUUACUUGGUUUCUCAGAAGAUAGCACACUCUGUUUAGUCUAUGAAUACCUUCCUGAUGGCACCCUGGGAGGAGCCCUGGAAAGAAGUCGACGAAGUCAACUGCAGCUGCCGGUUUCUAAACGACUUAGCUAUCUACUGGGCAUUGCCGCCGCUAUCGAAUAUUUGCACAGUCCAUUGGUGCAAGUCGUUCACCGGGACGUAACCCUUGCGAACAUCUUGCUGCAUGGAGCCACAGCCAAGUUGUGCGACUUUGGACUGGUGAAACGUGUCAACAGCAUGACGGCAACGGAAGUAAUGGGAACGGGUCCGUACAUUUCUCCGGAAGCCAUGCGAGGUACGGUUACACCAGCCCUGGAUGUUUACUCCUAUGGAGUUGUGCUGGCCGAAGUAGUGACCGGCGAGGAAGUGCUGUCCGAGAUGAUACCGGAUGGCGAGGGAGAUUUAAUAGAACGUGUUACUGCGAGAGGAGCUGAUUUGGAGGCUUUGGUAGAUCGUAGAGUAUCGGAAGGGGAACUGCGCAGCUGGUUGAUUAGCGGUCGGAAAUUGUUGGAACUGUCGAAUUGGUGCUUACGGGAAAGAUUUAAGCGGCCUACCGCAUCAGCUGUGAGGGAAACUGUCCUCAAAGUAAUGCGGGAGGGGACGCAGUGAUAUGUGCUUUUAGGUGGAGAUUUUAACGAUGUGCCUUAGAGAUGA